AUGGCUAUCCAGAACAAGAGAGGUCAUACUCAGGCCGAGUUAAUGGUGAAAUGUUGCGCCGAGAUCGUUAAUGACUUGAUUUCAGCGCACGAAGCCGGUAAAGACGUCAAUUUAAAUGGUCUCAAAACAAAAUAUUCGCGAAAAAACAAGCUUGGGACACAACCCAAGCUUGUUGACAUAAUUGCAGCAAUACCUGAACAAUAUAAGCAACACCUUUUGCCAAAACUUAAGGCCAAACCAGUUCGGACGGCUUCGGGGAUUGCCGUUGUGGCUGUUAUGUGUAAACCGCAUCGUUGUCCACAUAUAGCAAUGACUGGUAAUGUUUGCGUAUAUUGUCCGGGUGGACCUGAUUCGGAUUUCGAGUAUUCGACACAAUCAUACACCGGUUAUGAACCUACGAGUAUGCGUGCUAUUCGUGCCAGGUAUAAUCCAUUGGAACAGGCACGAGGACGCGUCGAUCAAUUAAAGAGUUUAGGACAUAAUGUAGAUAAGGUUGAGUACAUUAUAAUGGGCGGGACUUUUAUGUCGCUACCAGAAGAUUAUCGAAAUUGGUUCAUUGCAAAUCUACAUAACGCCUUAUCUGGUCAUACUUCAGAAGAUGUAGAUGAAUCUGUGAGAUUUUCCGAGCAAAGUCAAACAAAAUGCAUUGGCAUCACUAUUGAGACGCGCCCAGAUUAUUGUCUGAAGCCACAUCUCAGCCAGAUGUUACGUUAUGGUUGUACCCGUCUUGAAAUAGGGGUGCAGAGUAUAUAUGAAGAUGUUGCUCGUGAUACGAAUCGUGGACAUACUGUCAAAGCGGUGACAGAGUCGUUUCAAUUAGCAAAGGAUGCAGGUUUUAAAGUAGUUGCUCAUAUGAUGCCUGAUCUUCCGAAUGAAUAUUUCGAAAAUCCUGCAUAUCGUACAGAUGGAUUGAAAAUAUAUCCUACUUUGGUUAUAAGAGGAACCGGUCUUUAUGAACUUUGGCGAACUGGACGAUAUAAAAAUUAUUCACCGAAUGCGCUUGUAGACCUUGUUGCUAGGAUUUUAGCCCUAGUACCACCAUGGACUCGUGUUUAUCGCGUGCAAAGGGAUAUUCCAAUGCCCUUGGUUACUUCUGGUGUUGAACACGGAAAUUUACGUGAACUUGCUUUAAACAGAAUGAAAGAUUUGGGUACUGAAUGCCGUGAUGUCAGAACAAGAGAAGUUGGAAUAGUAGAUAUUCACAAUAAAGUUGAAUUAAUUCGCCGUGAUUAUGUGGCAAAUGGUGGUUGGGAGACGUUCUUGUCAUAUGAGGAUCCGAAACAAGAUAUUCUUAUCGGAUUACUUCGCUUACGAAAAUGUUCGGAAGCCACCUUUCGUCCAGAACUUACUAAAGUACAAACUUCUAUUGUACGUGAAUUACAUGUUUAUGGUUCUGUGGUUCCUAUGCACAAUCGUGAUCCCACUAAAUUUCAACAUCAAGGUUAUGGCACUUUGUUAAUGGAGGAGGCCGAAAGAAUUGCUCGGGAAGAACAUGGAAGUGAAAAAAUCAGUGUGAUUAGCGGUGUUGGUGUAAGAAAUUAUUAUGUAAAAUUGGGAUAUGAAUCGGAUG